UAUGAAAACCUUAACCCUCUUCAAACUUAAAUGAGACCUGCAGCGGUUAAGAAGGAUAUUUACGUAGUAAAAACUUUGUAUGUCUACACAAGUGGAAAUGAACAACGCACGUCCGGUUGGCACGUGCGCUGCUAUAACACCUUGUUAUGCCUCCUGCUGUUCUGGUCUUCUGUUCUUUCAACAGCAUCUGGGGGACAGAUCAUUGAUCCUAACACACUGAUGGAAUCAGCCUUUCCUCCAGCCAGACCUUCGGUUAAUAAUCUCAAUUCAGCCUGUCUUUAUGGAAAUGGUCGUCCCAGAUAUCCUGCCUACUGUUUCCCUCCAUCAGGUUACGCUUACGCUCAACGCGCUGGAAAAGCAAUAAACAGAAUAGAGUCGUGGUUGGGUCAGUGCUGUUAUGGAGGUUUGACCACUGGAAAUGGACAGACCCUUUGCUGUGCGAAACAGGCGUGGGAAACUGCCUUGUCCUAUUUCUGUAUUGAGGAAUAUUCCACUAUGACUUUAGUCCAUGAGUGCUGUGAGAAGAAAGGAGAAGAACGAUGGAACUGCUUUGAAACACGAGCUCCUAACCCUUCCUACCAACCCCUGUGUGGGUACAUUGCUCCCAUGAUACCACCUGACAUGAAUUUCAACUGGGACCCCAAAACCUGCUAAAGGUCUUACUGCCAGAUGUCUUUAUUUAAUUUAGCAACACACAACCUGAUUAAAGUCUGUUAAUCUACUGUGAAUCACAAGAGUCUGAUGUAUCAUUCUUUUCAUGUAAUUUAAUUGUGCUCAUUCUUCUAGAAUAACUGUGUGUCAAUACUUUUAUUUUCACAUGUAUUAUUUUACAAUACUCAUCACAGUUGAAGUUCAAGACAAAGUGCACUGAGUGAAGUCAGUUUAUUUUCAAUAUGGCAAAAGGAUUGAAAGGAUUGUUUGACAUUUGAUUUUUCCUUCGAGAAAAUAAUGGUUGCUUCUAAGUUAUAUAAGAUAUUUCAUGUCACAUUGUUUGCAUGACAGAUGUAUUUGUGGAAAGAUUUUAUGAAUAAAUCACAGAUCAUAAAUACAGCUGACCUUUUGUCUGAUUCGAAGGGUUAUUUAUUUAUUUAUUUAUUUGGGAUGUAGUGUAAAAAUCAUGGGAAUCAGAUUAUGUUACUGCUUUCAAAGGGGAAAAAAACAUUUUCUAUAAAUGUUCUUUUGUUAAGGUUAGAGUUUCAGCAUCUUGACACAUGAAUCAGUGACAUUCAACAAUAAUUGUAGGGUAAAGACACUGGCACGAUCAUGGUUAGUAAU